GGCAAAUAAGGCGAAAUUUAUCACGGAAGUCUUCGUCUCCCGGAGAAAUUCUAUGCAUCGAACCUCUGGUCUUUGAAGCCGCGCCGUAUUGCGUCUUUUCGUUCUCUUUUGAAAAUGAAAAAACAUACGUAGAAUCGAGUUUGGAGCUGAUUUCGGAUUUUGGUAUAAGUUGCGCGAAAAUGCGCCUUACUUGCACGAGCGAAUGACAAGAGUUGCGAUUAGCACCCUUUUCUGUGCAGAGAUCGAUUGCGAUGCGUUGGACGAGGAGCCGGACGUGGAAUCCAGUUAUAAGCCUCCACCGGAAAAAUCCAUCGAGCAGAUCUUGGAAGCGGAUAAGGAAGACGAGAGUUUGCGCAAGUAUAAAGAGACGCUUCUGGGAGAAGCAAAAUCCGGCGGCAUUGUAGUAGAUCCUCAUGAUCCUAGAAAGGUAAUAGUGAAGAAAUUGGCAUUAUGCGUCGCUGAUCGACCGGAUAUGGAAUUAGACUUGACUGGUGAUUUAUCGCAGCUAAAAAAACAGACAUUUGUCAUCAAGGAAGGCGUGAGCUAUAGAAUCAGGAUCGAUUUUAUUGUGCAACGCGAGAUCGUGCAUGGAUUAAAAUAUGUUCAAAAGACUUAUCGCCUUGGUGUACCUGGAGUUACGGUUGACAAAAUGACACAUAUGGUAGGCUCGUAUCCUCCUAAAACAGAGCUUCAGUCUUACACUACUCCAGCUGAAGAUGCGCCAGCCGGUGUCGUAGCGCGAGGCUCAUACAGCGUUAGUUCUCUCUUCACAGACGACGACAAGCAUGAACAUCUCAAAUGGGAAUGGGCGUUUGAAAUCAAGAAAGAUUGGAAAGAAUAAAUCGUUUUUUAUUUCGAAAGAACGAUAAUUUACAAUUCCUUACUACUUUACGAGUAAUAAUUAAGGACGUAAAAUGCCAAAAUGCAAUUGGAUGGAUGAAUUUAAAUAUUCUUUAGUUGUAGUUGACGUUGCCAUAAGAAUUAUUUACAUAUAUUUUAAGUAAUAAAGGAGGAAGAAAAUAUAAUCGGUAUCUAUUAAGGUUUUCGUAAUUGAUUAGAUAUUUGAUUAUAGAAAUAGAUUCGAGAAUUAUGAAGAGUACAUACACACACACACACAUCAUAUUUCACCCUAGUACAAGCAGACACCAGUAGUAAUGAUUUAAGCGAUACAUGAUGUGACAAAUUGAUAUAUUUCUGGACAAAUGAGUAUUAGAUGCGUAGUGAGUAAAAAAACAGUAAACGUAUAGUCAACAGUUGAUUUAUACAUAUAUAUUAUAUACACACAAAUAAGGUGUUUAACAAUUAUGAUAAAACUUU